UCUGUCCAGGGAGAAGAGGGCUGGAAGCUGAGGACAGACGCAGAGAUUUGUCUGUGUGCAUCGGGCGAGGUGCAGCGAUCGGAGAGACUUUUACUCAGACUAAAAGUAAACUGAUUCUCAGGGGAACAGAAAAGAUAAAGCCAGUCUGACCCCGGGGAGGGGUUGGGGGUGUUUGGGAACCACUCCAGUUUGACCCCGAAAUUGAGAGGAAACCCACUGUUCAGUCGACCUCGGAGGAAGACGAGCCUCCUCCCCGCAAGGGGAGAGAAAAUCUGUCCAGCCCCUCCCCCGGAGGGGGUAGGAGAGCCACUGUCCAUUCCGACGCCGGUGGUGGGAGAAAGAGCCCCGUCCAGUCCGAGCCGCAGGUGGGAGGAGACCGAUUGUCCAGUCGGACCGCGGCGGGGAGGGGAGGAGAGGAGCCAGUGUCUAGACUCAGACGGGGAGAAGAACCAGAGUCAGUCUGACGCCAGGCGUUAGAGUCUAUCCGCUUGAAACAGAGAGAGGGACCAGACUCAGUUGAACUGAGAGUCUCCUUCAGCAAGAGGAGCAUAAAGGUCCAAUUUGAGAAUAGAACGGGAUCCAUCCGAACCCGGAAAAGAAAGUGCUAGGAGAGGGGUGGGGUGUUAUUUCUCUUUAUAUUUAUUUUGCGUUGGAGAGCUUUUCCCUUAAACUUUCGGAGUAUGGGAGUCGGCGCGUCACUUCAGGAACUCGCCGCUCCCGGUCAGCCGGACAGCCGCGGGGAAAGGGAGGAGCAGUGUCCUGAGACCAGCGACCAUCACUCGGAUGAAGGGGCAGACGGCAAGUCUGUUCUGAAAAACGACCAGAUUUCAGGAAUUCAGGGAGAUGUAACAGAUAAAAAAUCAGAGGCGCUAAAUGGGAUUCAUGAAGAUAUAGAUGCCAAACAAGUCGGACAAGGUGAUCCAGUCCUUGUAUCCGGAGGGGAAGAGACAGAGGAAAUGCAACUGAACAAGGAAGUCCCUAUUGAGAAUGAACACGGGGAGCAGAAAGAUGUCGAGAAGGGUGAUGAACUGCUCACAGAGGUGGGAGUGCCAGCUGAGGAGGUGCAAGCUACUGAGGUUUGCUUCAACGUCUUCAAGUGUAUGGGUCUGAAGUUUGCCAUGAAGAAUGAGAAACCAGUGAGGGCAGAGCCCGUGCAGCUACUUAACGCGUCGCAGGAAGAAGGUGGUGAGGCAGAGAGAGCAGUCAGCGAGCCCAGGCAAGAAGUGGAAGGAAGUACUGAAGCCAACAGCGAGGCUGAGGGGAGCUCGCCUGAAAUCCUUACUCCAGAGAAAGCUGAAGAGUGCACUGACCAGGAAGAAACCAAAGUAAUGGACACAGAGGUUAUCCCAACAGCUGCGGAGCCUGCUGUAAGCACGUCAGGCAGCCCAGUGGUGGAACGCCUGCUGAGGAGAUUUUUCAGACAGGACUAUUUCUCAGGACUGCGAAUGAAGCAGAGUUCCAUGAAGGACAAAGAGGCACCACAGAUCACUGACAAAGAAGGCAGGGAGGUCACUAGGAGGGAGGCGACAGAACGUGGACCUGAUGCACAGCCAUCCACUUCUCAGGAUGCUGCUAAAGUCUCGGUUGCUUGGUCUCCAGAAAAAAAUCAAGGGGGAGAGGAGGACUUUGAAGAUCUUACAGCAGAGUUAGCUAGUGUCAGGGCGGCAAGCGAGGCACCUGCCGUGGGUGAGAUUGUGGCAUCUGAAGUAAAAGAGAAUGGCGCCACUGCAGAACACUCCAUGGCUGCCGGUGACUUGGGGAUAGACCAGCAGAUCCCCAGUGCCGGAAAACCAGUGGGAGAAGCCGGAGUGGAUUCUCUUGCUCCUGAAGCCCCAGCAGAGUUUCAAGUUGAACACAAGAAAGCCCAGAAAAAAUCUUCAGUCAGUACUUUGGACCCCAUCAGUGCUGAGGGUGAGCUUGUAUCUUCUCAAAAGCCCAGCCAUCAAGAUAGCCCAAUCAAGAAUCUUCUCACGAGCUGUAGCAUCAAAAAACUGACCAAGGAAGACAAAGGUGAGAAAGGGGAAGCCAGCACAGGAGAUCUCAAUGAUGAAGCCAAACUGCAGUCUUCAACCAAGUGGAAAGGCAGCCCUGACAGCAGUAAGCCAGAUAGCCCACCAGUCUUUCUGGAGAAAAUGGACGAAGGAAUUCUAGCAGAAGUGACUGAAUCAGACUUGUUGCCUGUGGAGCAGGAGGAGGCAAAUGGCGAUGGUGAUGGGGAGAGGAGGGAAGCCAUCACUGCCUGGGCUUCCUUUAAGAAGCUAAUGACACCGAAGAAGCAUCCAAAAGAGCCAUUGGACAAUGAGAGAGGUGACCAAGCAACUGACAAGGCAAAAAGCAUGACCGUCUCCACUGAGAACACAGCCUCUGAGAAGCAAGAGGAGCCCAGCUCCAGCGGUGAGGAGUCAAAACUGGAUCAAACUACCGAGGACCUAAAAAAGAAGGCAGACACCACUGCAGCCUGGGAAGCACUAAUCUGUGUGGCAUCUUCGAAAAAAAGAGUGAGAAAACAAUCUGAUUCUGACCGUCAAAAGCCAAACAAAGAGGCCCAAACUUCAGAGGCAAAUGAUCAGGUGCAAGACCAUGCUGAGGAUAGAGAGGGCAGCACCUCUCAAGGCCCUGAUCAGGAGCAAAAGGAAAGAUCUUUGAGUUGUGCCAAGAGCCCUGUGGAAGGUGAGGCUACCAAUGGGGUCAUUUCCACUUGGGAAUCCUUCAAGCGAUUUAUGUCCCCCAGGCGCAGGUCAAGUUCCAAGCUGAGAGAGUGCAGGGAGGAAUCUGAACCUAAGCCAGCAGCAACAGAGGCUGCUAAGGAAGAAUCGUGGGCACCUCUGAAGAAGCUAAUACAUGGCAGAAAGAAGAUGAGGCCGAACACUAAGCUGCAGCAACCUCAGUCCAAGCCUGCUGGAAAAGAUGCAGCCGACACAGAGUUUGCAGGGAACCAGAGCGAAGAGGAACCUGAAACACCGUCCGUGGUUCCAAUUUCCGAAUAUGAUGAUGUAGACAUGAUGCAAAUGCCAGUGACAACAGCAGAGGAAACACCUCUAGGAAGAGAUGAUGCCAUGGUGGGGAGGGUCCUCCAAGAGGGGCAGAAAGAGGCCACACAAAAUGUGAACCUGUUGGAUUAUCCGGCCAUGUCCAGCUGCCAGACACAGGCUCUGCCCAGCAGCCAAGUUGACAUCCCCAAACAUAAACCAGACGUUUCAACAGGGGAAGGACUAAGCAAAGAGGAGCCAGGAACCUUCACGACUGGAGUGGCAGAGCCUACACAGAAAGCAGCUGAGAAGAUCUUAGCAAUCACAGGUCCACUAGCAGAAGGCAAUACGCUGGCUACACCUGGUGAAGCAACAGUACAGGAAAUGCAUGCAGAGCUGCAGGAGGCUGCACCGAAACCGGAGAUUCCCCCAACUGCCAUCGACCAGGUCCUGAAACAAGAUGCAGUGCAAGCAAGUGAAUGCCAACAUUUGCUGCCUGCAGAGCAUCAAGAGGUCAAUGAGAGCAUCACUGCCAUUUCAGUUCCUGCAGCCAGGAAGGAUGAAGCAGCUAUAGAGCAAGUAGAUGACACAACGUUGGAUGUUGCUCAGCGGGUGACAGUGGGAAAGGUUGAAGCUCCUGCUGUGGAUAGCUCUGAAAAUGCUCAAGAGAUUCGAGUGGAAAAAGUGUUGGCUGAAUCCAUGGAGGUUGCAAGUCUCCAAGAAAACCGAGUGGAACGGAGUGCAGAAACUCUAGUGCAGGUGGAAAAGAAUGUGGCUGGGACUGAGUGCUUUGAAGAGACAGAAGUGAGUUUUCUGCCAGUAGAAGUGAGCCAGGUAGAGACUAGUGAACAGAAUGUUGAGGUAACACCAGCAGUGAGCAUGAUCGAAGUUCUACCUGCUGAAGAUACAGUUGAAAUCAUUGCUGAGGAAAUGAUGGAGACUGAGAGUCAUAUAGAACCCACUGAAAUCACAUCAACAGUAGAAGUAACUGAGGCGGUGCGUGGUGAGAUGACUGAUGUCACUCCCGAGGGGAUAAAGGAAGCCCUAUCAGGUGAGGAACCCAUUGAAAUCUCACCUUCUGUCAGAGUAACUGAGGCAGUUUGCAGUGAUAUGACCACUGAGCUCAUUGCUGCGGAAGUUGCAGAGGUUGUAUUGGGCAAGGAACCCAUUGAAACUUCUCAAGCAGUGGAAGUGACUCAGGUGAUGUGCAGAGGAAUCGAUGAAAUCAGUCCAGGUGGAGCAAUUACUGUGAUGCAUGAUGAAGAGUCUACAGAGAUCACUCUGGCAGGAAUAAGGGAGAUCAUAACUGGUGUACAACCUGUUGAGAUCUCUCCUCUGCCUUUAACUGAGACUGAUCCUGGUAAGGAGCCCAUUGAUAUCAAUCCAUCAAUGGGAGUGACAGAGGUGGUAUGUAGUGAAGAGACUACAGAAAUCACUCCAGAGCUUGUAUCCAAGACUUCAACCAGUGAAGAGUCCAUCAAAAUUACCCCAGUGGGAGUAACUGAGGCAGUCCUGGGUGAAGUGAUGACUGAACUUGAUGGAGUAUCAGAGGUUCUUUUGGACAAAGAGCCCAUUGAAAUCCUUCCGGUGAGAAUUACUGAAGCUCUUUGUAGUGAAGAGAAAACUGAGUGCAGUGUUGCUGUUGUGCAGGAGAUUGCUCCAGCUGCCAUCGAGCAGGACCUGAAACCAGAUGCAGCCCAAACAGGUGAAUGUCAGCCUCUUCUCCCAGUAGAGUGUCAAGUGAUCGAUGACAACGUGACUGCCACAACUAUAAGCAAGGAUGGAGCCUUAUCGGUAGAGGAAGGGAAGUCUGGAAAUAAGGAAGUUGUGAGAGAACAGAUGCUGGCAGCCAGUCAGAGCGAAGAUGAUGCAGAGACAGUUGCUGAUAAGGAACAGUCUUUGAAAGAUGCUGAAGAGCGAGGGAAGGGAGAACCACAGACAAUCACACCAGCCCCUGACAAGGCAGGAGCAGAGCAAAUUAUUGAAUGCAGAAAGACUGAGAUCAUUCCAGCUCCUGCAGCCAAGAAGGAUGAAGCAGCAAUAGGGCAAGUAGGUGACACAACAUUGGAUGUUGCUCAGCAGGUGACAGUGGGAAAGGCUGAAGCUCCUGCUGUGGAUAACUCUGAAAAUGCUCAAGAGAUUCGAGUGGAAAAGGCGUUGGCUGAAUCCAUGGAGGUUGCAAGUCUCCAAGAAAACCGAGUGGAACGGAGUGCAGAAACUCCAGUGCAGGUGGAAAAGAAUGUGGCUGGGACUGAGUACUUUGAAGAGACAGGAGUGAGUUUUCUGCCGGUAGACGUGAGCCAGGUAGAGACUAGUGAGCAGAAUGUUGAGGUAACACCAGCAGUGAGCAUGAUCGAAGUUCUAUCUGCUGAAGAAACAGUUGAAAUCAUUGCUGAGGAAAUGAUGGAGACUGAGAGUCAUAUAGAACCCACUACGAUCACAUCAGAAAUGGGAGCGACUGAGUUUGUGUAUGGUGAGAUGACUGGUAUCACUCCAGAGGGAAUAAAGGAGGCUCCAUUAUGUGAGGAACCCAUUAAAAUCUCACCAGCUGUAGGAGUAACUGAGGCAGUUUGCAGUGAUGUGACCACUGAGCUCACUGCUGCGGAAGUUGCAGAGGCUGUAUUGGGCAAAGAACCCAUUGAAAUUUCUCAAGCAGUGGAAGUGACCGAGGUGAUGUGCAGAGGAAUCAAUGAAAUCCGUCCAGAUGGAGCAAUUACUGUGAUGCAUGAUGAAGAGUCUACAGAGAUCACUCUGGCAGGAAUAAGGGAGAUCAUAACUGGUGUACAACCUGUUGAGAUCUCUCCUCUGCCUUUAACUGAGACUGAUCCUGGUAAGGAGCCCAUUUAUAUCAAUCCAUCAAUGGGAGUGACAGAGGUGGUAUGUAGUGAAGAGACUACAGAAAUCACUCCAGAGCUUGUAUCCAAGACUUCAACCAGUGAAGAGCCCAUCAAAAUCACCCCAGUGGGAGUAACUGAGGCAGUCCUGGGUGAAGUGAUGACUGAACUAGAUUCAAUGGGAGUAACAGAUAUUCUUUCAGGUAAAGAGUCCAUUGAAAUCCUUCCAGUGAGAAUUACUGAAGCUCCUUGUAGUGAAGAGAAAACUGAGUGCAGUGUUGCUGUUGUGCAGGAGAUUGCUCCAGCUGCCAUCGAGCAGGACCUGAAACCAGAUGCAGCCCAAACAGGUGAAUGUCAGCCUCUUCUCCCAGUAGAGUGUCAAGUGAUCGAUGACAAUGUGACUGCCACAACUCUAAGCAAGGAUGGAGCCUUAUCGAUAGAGAAAGGGAAGACUGGAAAUAAGGAAGUUGUGAGAGAACAGAUGCUGGCAGCCAGUCAGAGCGAAGAUGAUGCAGAGACAGUUGCUGAUAAGGAACAGUCUUUGAAAGGUGCUGAAGAGCGGGGGAAGGGAGAACCACAGACAAUCACACCAGCCCCUGACAAGGCAGGAGCAGAGCAAAUUAUUGAAUGCAGAAAGACUGAGAUCAUUCCAGCUCCUGCAGCCAAGAAAGACGAAGCAGCAAUAGGGCAAGUAGGGGACACAACAUCGGAUGUUGCUCAGCAGGUGACAGUGGGAAAGGCUGAAGCUCCUGCUGUGGAUAACUCUGAAAAUGCUCAAGAGAUUCGAGUGGAAAAGGCGUUGGCUGAAUCCAUGGAGGUUGCAAGUCUCCAAGAAAACCGAGUGGAACGGAGUGCAGAAACUCCAGUGCAGGUGGAAAAGAAUGUGGCUGAGACUGAGUGCUUUGAAGAGACAGGAGUGAGUUUUCUGCCAGUAGGAGUGAGCCAGGUAGAGACUAGUGAGCAGAAUGUUGAGGUAACACCAGCAAUGAGCAUGAUCGAAGUUCUACCUGCUGAAGGAACGGUUGAAAUCAUUGCUGAGGAAAUGAUGGAGACUGAGAGUCAUAUAGAACCCACUAAAAUCACAUCAGAAAUGGGAGCGACUGAGUUUGUGUAUGGUGAGAUGACUGGCAUCACUUCAGAGGGAAUAAAGGAGGCUCCAUUAUGUGAGGAACCCAUUAAAAUCUCACCCGCUGUAGGAGUAACUGAGGCAGUUUGCAGUGAUGUGAACACUGAACUCACUGCUACGGAAGUUGCAGAGGCUGUAUUGGGCGAAGAACCCAUUGAAAUUUCUCAAGUAGUGGAAGUGACCAAGGUGAUGUGCAGAGGAAUCAAUGAAAUCACUCCAGAAGGAGCAACAGCUGUGGUGUGCGAUGAAGAGACAGCAGAGAUUACUUCAGUAGGAGUAAGGGAGAUUAUACCUGGCGAGCAACCUGUUGGGACUUCUCCUCUGUAUUUAACUAAAAUAGUACCUGUUGAGAAUACCAUUAACAUUACACCUAUGAUAGGAAAGACAGAAAUGGGAGACACAUGGGAAGAGCCCACUGAAAUCACUCCUGAGCUGGUAUCUGAGACCUUGUCCAGUGAAGAGCCGAUUAAAAUUACUCCAACAGUGGGAAUAAUGGAAGCUGUGUGUGGUGAAGAGUUCACAGAACUGGCUCCAUUGGAAAAAACUAUGGUUAAAACCAGUAAACAGAGUGAGGUUGUUGCCAUGGGAGUGAUUGAGGGGGGUGGUGAGGAGGCCGCUGCUUCGUUGGAGGUGGGAGUAGAAGAGAGCAAGUAUGAACACAAAGAAGGUGAAAUUCCACAGCAAGAAGAAAAUGAGAGAUGUAAAGAUGCUGUACAAAAGGUGAUGGGCUCUGAAGUAGGAAAGCAGUUCUCUACUGCUGCGAUUGUCCAACAGGAUAUGGGAACUGAGAAUUUGAAUAACGGAAUAGAUGACAUGGUACGUGAUGAGCCUGUUGAAACCCCUGAACAGCAGAGAACUCAGAAAGCUGCUAUUGAUUCUUUGAGUUCAGCAACACAAAUUCUACAGUCCAUUACCACUGAGGGAGGAAGCAAAGAAACAGAUGAAACUGCUACAAUUAAAGGUGAGGUGAAAAGUAAAACUGUUUCUGAUGAGCUGAAAGGCACGGUCUUGGUGCAGCCUGCUGCAUCAGUCACAGUGCCCAGAGAUGACAGAGAAACUUCUCCAAGGGAGCACCCUGAAAAAUCAGUCAUGGAAGCUGCUGAAACCCAAGCUGGUGAGGUGUUGGCAGCCAAACAAGUUGAAACAGCGGGAGCUUGUGUUACCAGUGAGCUACCAAGUGCAGCCAGUGAAGGUGAAAGUGUGAGUGUUGAGCAAGCUAUGUCGAUUGAGUCGGCAGAGGAAGUGGAUUGCAAGCUGGCUUCAAAGGAAAAGGACAAACCAGUACUAGAUGAACCCAUGAAAAAGAUUACAUUUGUGCAGGGUGACCAGCUGACCGCAACAAAUCAAGGUGAUCAAAGUGUGCCCAAUUCUAAACUGUGUCAACAUGUCGAGGGUGCAGCUGAGCCGCAAGGCGACGUGGAGUUAAACAGCCCCUCAGCUGCUCCACUUGUCGAGGAGCAAACACUCACAAUGUCAGCGCCACAAAGUCUAGUUGGGCUCUCCGAAACAAAACAUGAAGACACUAAAACAUGUACAACUUUGGAAAGUGCUUCUGAUGUAAAACUGUGUUCUGCUUUUGUUAAUGAAUGUCAAGCUAGACAGAACGAGACAGUGCCCCCAGUGGAGGAUCUUUCUGUAGUUAGGAGUUCGAAGUCAUGUGAAGAGGCUAUCCUUGUAACUGCAUCUUCUGUGGAGGAGGCAGUCAGUGCAGAGAUUGAAACAACUGAAGCAGCUGAGAUUCCAGAGCACAGUGCAGUGGAUCAGGUCCUGCCACCAUGUGAGGAUGCUAAGCAAGAUUCAAUAGUAGAGACUGCAAACGAAGUAGGUACAGGCCACAUGUCUCGUACUGCUGAUAAUUCUGGAACAGGCUUGAUAACUAAUGUACAGAAGGCAGAGAGCUGCAGAAGAGUGCAACUUGAAGAUCAGCCAGCUGAAUGCAAAGUCAAAGAAACUAUUACUCAGAAAAAGAAGUGUUUGGAAGCUCAGAUGGAAAUAGAAGUGAGUCAAACACAGGUAUUUGAACAGCAGAGCACACAAGCUGCUCAGGGCCUCAUUCAAGACACUCUGGCAUUAAGUCAGCUACAGGGACAAGAUAGUAUGAAGGAAGAGGAGAACUUAUUUAGACUACAAAAGGAUAUGGCAGUCGAUCAGGAAUUGGAAACUUUAUUAAGUCAGGAUAUUGAAAGAAGAGGGAAGGUGUUGAUGCAGUCAGCUGAGAUGGUGUUAACGACAACUGUGAGCAGUGGUCAAGAGCCAACUGAGACCGAAACUCUUGCAUCAACGCAUAGUGAAUCAUCUGACAGUGCUUCAGGCAAAUUUUCACUGUCAUCAGAAGCAACCAAAGCUGAAUGUCGCCAAUCACUCGAUCAGAAUGAAACAACACAUCCAUCUAUGGAACUGACUGAGCAAACCCAACUUGUGACAAUCCAGACUUUAGUCCGUGGAGGAUUAGUAAAUGAAAGUCUGGAAUAAAAUGAGAUCUCCGACCAGUUUUGAGAAACAUAAUGUGAAGGCGAGGAGACUUGCAGAAUUAAGAUUUACUAUGACAAGACCGAGUAUCACUGUCAAGACAAUCCUGAAUCAGUUCAAGGACAUGGUCUGCACUAUUAUGUAACCUUAUAUUAAUUAUGUAACAUUCUGAUUUUACAAUAAAUGUAUUGUGUCUUGUUGAAGCAAUGCUGCUUCUCUGCAAUCUGCACUUUGCAUGUGGGGAAGGAAAAUGUAAUCUGAACAUUCUGGGAAUGGUUGCUGUAUUUGUUCACAGAACUAAGAUGAAAGACACCUUGUGUUAUUUAAUGUGUAAGUUAAUUCUAAAAAUAUCCAGAAAUACUAGUGUCCUCAUCGAUCUGAGAUUAGAAAACAAUGGAAUAUUUUAAAGUCCAUUCUUAAAUUGUGUCUGAAGGUUGGUCCUGAUGCUCACCAAAGUAAGCCAAUGAAGAUAAGUUGAACAAACAUCCUUGCAUUGGAUAUAGACUGAAAUGACACACAGUGGCAUGUGCCCAAAGGUGAUCUGACUUGGGAUUUUGAAAUCCUAUGGAGAGUAGCAUAUUGUUUAGAGUUGAUAAGCCAUGCAGUGUGUUUGAACCAAGUUUGUAGUUUUACCAAAUCUAUCACCACUGAACUGUCAUCGUCUAAGGGAGUUGAAUUUUGGCAGAGGCCAGACUCACCAGAAAGCUUGCUUCACUAUGAAAUGAAGAUCCAUAGAUUAAUAGUUGCAGUUUAUUUGGACUGCCAUGACAACUUCCUAAGAUGUGCCUUAGUAUUGUGUAUUAUUAAUGCUCAACGCUUAAUUGUAUUAUUUCAAUUUUGAUCUUUCCUCUAUCUUUGUGAAUACCUCAGCCCCCUAUAAAACACACCACCUAUUAUUAAGGCAAUGUUGGGAAUUGAUUGCUCAAGCUGGAUGGUACUUCCAGUUCACUUUCUUACCCUUUUGACAGACCAACUCCCAAGACACUUCCAGUCUUGUUAGUGAUAUUUUUCGGUAUGCCAUUAGGUUAAUAGGGCAAAUGCUGUACACACAUUUACUGCAUUUCAUUAACAAGGCAGGAGCUGCAAUUCAUAUGAAUACUGCAGUGUUUUUAUAACUGAAUGUGAAAUUGAUAUUUGUACAGAUUGUAUUUCCCAUUUUCCUAAGCCAUAUUGGAAUACUUAUACAAAUAAAAUAAUAUUAGGAUUAACAUUUUUGUGGUUACUGUACUGAACGGGGUCUGGUUCUGUGUUCAAGUGCCUAAUAAUGAUUCUUCAUAGAAAGUAAAGUUGCACUAUUGCUCUAAUUUUAUUUAAUCAUGCACUACUCCCAAUGACUUUGGUGGGAGGGGGAGAGUGUGAGAAGGAAAAAUUGUAUUUCUACUUCCCAAUGUUUUUAUUUGAUUAAGUUUUUUUCUCUUUCUUGAAUAGGGCAUAUUUAAAGAUCCCUACUUGUAAUGUUGCAGUUUUACUUUAUUGCAGAAUAUUUUCUGCUUUCAUUUAAGGUACUGUAGCAAGUUGGAUAUGACAGGUGUGUUGUGCUUUAACUGUUCUAAUUCAGUCUUGUAAACAUUCAAAUGUCUCUACAAAUUAACACGAGUUAAGAAGUACUCCCCUUAAAUUCUCUAGUAUAACAUCAUUUUUAAAGCCUAGAAUAAACCACCUUCAAUUAUUUUGACAGCUACUUCUACAAUCUCAAUUCCAAUUCUCCCUUUAGCAAAUCUGAGUAAUUGAUGUCCCCUAAGUGGAAUGAUGCAGGUUAUGUCUAUAGCAGUUACUUUGUACAGUUAUGCAGUAUAUAGCAUUUUCCUAUCCCUAUGGCCUUGCAAAUUAUUUCUUUACUUAUCCAGUUGCCUUGUUGAACAUUAGUUACAGCUGCUCCACUUCUGUUCUGUUGAUCUUUAAGCCUCUUUAUCCCAUAACAAUUAACUCUCCAAAAGAGGGAAAAUCUGUAGUCUUGCAUAUUUUCAACUUGUGUAAUAACUUUGAGGGAUCUAUGGACUCCAAGAUUUCGCGGCUCCUCUGCCCUCCUCUGCCAAGAAUCCUGCUAUUAACCCUAUACUCUGCCUUCCAGUUCAACCUUAAAAGUGUACCGCUUCACACUUUUAUGGACUGCAUUCCAUCAGCUACUUCUCAGCCCAGCUCUGCUUCCUAUCAAUGUCCCACUGUAAACCUAUCACAACCUUCUACACACACACACUACCACCAACCUUUGGGUCAUCUGUAAAACUUACAAACCCACCCUUCCACUUCCUCAUUCAAGUUAUUUAUAAAAAUCAUAAACAGUAGUGAUCCCAGAACCAAUAGAACAUCAUUGGUCACUGACCUCCAGGCAGAACACACUCCAUCUACCACAACCCUCUGGAUUCUGUGGGAAAGCCAAUUCUAAAUCCACUCAGCCAUGUUUCCCUGGUUCCCAUGUUUCCUGACUUUCUGAAUGGAAAACUUUGAGUGCCUUAUUAAAAUCCAUAUAUUCCACAACCACUAACCUUCCUUCAUUUAUUUGUUUUGUCACUACCUCAAAGAAUUCAAUCAGACACGAGGCAAAGCCUGCCCCUCAAAAUGCUAUGCUGACUAUCCCUAAUCAGACUAUGCUUCUCCAAAUGCUCAUAAAUCCUGCCUUGGAGAAUCUUCUUAAGUAAUUUGCUCACUCUGAAGUAAGUCAUGUGCUAUAUCCCAUCCAGCCCUGGGGACUUACCCAAUGUUUUUCAAAAGUUCCAGCAUAUCAGAUCAGACUUGAGGAGCCAAAUGGCUUGUUUCUGCUCCUACAUCUUAAUAUGUUCCAGCAUAUUAACCUGUUCUCCACUCUCACAUUAAUCAAGGUCACUCUGGUGAAUACUGAAGCAAGGUAUUUAUUAUGGAUCCCCCUUUCUCCUCUGACUCCAGACACAUUUCCCCUUUUAUCCCUGAUCGGUCCUACUCUCUUUAGUCAUCUUCCUCUUCACAUAUUUGUAGAAUGCCUCUGAAUUGACAAUGCUAAUCACCAAGCCUUCUCAUGGCACCUUUUAGCUCUCCUAAGACCUUCUGAGGCUCCAUCCAAGCUACCUUAUGACGGUCAAGUGCACUGUCUGAUCCUUGUUUCCUUCUUGUUGAUGCGUGGCCAAGUGGUUAAGGUGUCAGGCUAGUGAUCUGAAUGUCGCUAGUUCGAGCCUCAGCUGAGGCAGUGUGUUGUGUCCUUGAGCAAGGCACUUAACCACACAUCGCUCUGCGAUGACACUGGUGCCAAGCUAUAUGGGUCCUAGUGCCCUUCCCUUGGACAACAUCGGUGGUGUGGAGAGGGGAGACUUGCAGCAUGGGCAACUGCUGGUCUUCCAUACAACCUUGCCCAGGCCUCAGUCAACUCGAUGGACGGCCGAAGAGAGAGAGAGAGUUUCCUUCUUAGAUAUUCAACCUUCCCCAGUCUAGUCCAUCCUUGUAAAUUUUUACUGCACUCUUUCAAUCUUAUUGAUAUCUUUCCUGUAGGUAGAUGAUCAGAACAGCACACAAUACUCCAAAUUAGGCUUCACCAACCUCUUAACCAACUUCAGCAUAACAUCCCAGCUCCUGCAUUCAAUAUUUUGAUUUAUGAAGGGCAAUGUGCCAAAAGCUCUCUUUACAACACUAUCUACCUAUGGCGACACCUUCAAAGAAUUAUGAAAUUGCAUUCCCAGAUCCCUCUCUUGUUUUGCACUCCUUAGCCUUACCGCUUACCAUGCAAGACCUACCCUGGUUUUUCCUCUUAAAGGCAAACACAGAUGGAGGUUUUAAGUAAGUAAUAAGGUUUCUAGUAAGUGUUUUUGUUAAUGUACAAUUAGUAUGCUGAGCAUGGAUCUGGAGGCAGUGGUAUGUUCUUUGUGUGAGAUGUGGACACUCUGGGAGACCUCCAGUUUCCUUCAGAAGUACAUCUCCACAAAGUGCAUCCAGUUACAACUCCUUCAAUACUAUGUAAAGGAACUGGAGCUGCAGCUUGAUGACCUUUUUCUCAUACAGGAGAAUGAGGAGGUAAUGGAUAGGUUCUACAGGGAGGUAGUUACCCAUAAGUUGCAGGAGGCAAUACUCUGGAGUGACUGUCAGGAGAGGGAAAGGGAAAAGGCAGCCACUGCAGAGCACCCUAUGGCCAAUCCCCUCAAUACUAUAGGUAUAAUGCUUUGCAUACUGUUGGGUGGGGCAACCGACCAGGGGAAGCUACAGUGACCAGAUCUCUGGCACUGAGUCUGUAUCUGUGGCUCAGAAGACAAGAAUACUGCUCUCCAAUGUUCGGUCCCUGGAAAACAAACUGGAUUACCUUUGUCUGCAACUGAUCCAGCACAAGAUGAGGAACUGCCAUGUGCUAUUCUUACAGAAACAUGGCUCAAGAACAAUAUUCCAUGCAGCAUCAACCUUCAGGCCAUGCCAUUCGGGGACUUGUGCUAAUGUGACUGUAUUGUGCUUUAUUGUAAAUUUGUGCUGCACCAUUACUAAUGUGCUGUAUUGUAACUCUGUGUACUGUCUUUUCCUCCUUGGUUCCAGAGGAACAAUGUUUCAUUUAGCUGUAUACAUCUGUAAGAUUGAAUGACAAUAAACUUGAUC